AUGUGGUCUCUGAUUGAUGGGGCGGAAGCUGUUCGGAUCGCCAAUUGUGAAAUUCGCAGAACGAGUAGUCGAAUAUUCGAAGAUAUGUUGACUAUUGGAAGUAAUAGAAUUUUCGAGCCAUUGCAAACAUUUGUGCAGUUUCUUGUGAAAUGCACUACGCCUAUUAAUGUGCCAUUUCGAAAUAUCACUCUUUCGAUGAUUGAGUGUUCAUAUAUGAAUCCUUAUAAGAGACAAACAGGACGAGGACAUGCAAAUGAUCUAAGGCAUCGCGAUUUACCUCGAUUUGUCGUAGCAAAGAAAAAAAGUUUUACAAGAACCAUAGCUCAAUUGGUUGGUGUCGAUAGUGGCUUGGAGAAGACUAUGUUGAUGCUGGAUGUUGGGAAGAAACCGAAACAAAGAAAAUUAAGCGAAGCGAAAAGAAAUCGUCUAGGGAGAAUGUUUUUGGAGCAUAUUUUUCAAAUUUUAUGUGAACAUGAUCGAUUUUGUGACAUAGAAGGAUUAGAAUUGUACAAGGUUGAUGUAGGUCCAACAUUUAAAGUAAUGGACGUUUACUGGUUAGCAAAAGGUGAUAAAUCCGAUGAGAUCACCGAAAAAGUGCUAAAGGGAUCGGAGAACUUCGUGCGUAAAAGGCUGUCGGAAUUGCUAAGCAAUAAUAAUGUUCCACGCUUAACUUUCAUUGCCGAACGUAAGCAUCUUGUAGAACAGGAAAUGAAUCUUUUAUUUGAGAGAGCAGACUACGGUAUACAAUAUCGAGCUUUAAGUCAUACCGGUUCGAUCCUAGGAUCAAUGGCUGAUGCAGGUUCACAUAAUGAUAAUGGACAGCGCGAAGCAGAGCAAAACUUCCAUACAAAGUAG